CUUGCAAAACUACAUUUUUUGAAUAAGAAGCUGGAGAUCGAAUAAGUAGUGAAUAAGAAGCUGGCUGAAUAAGAAGCUAACUUCAGCAUCGUGGAGAGGGUCAUGUUGGGAGUUUGUCCAUAGAAAGAUGGCCCGUGAUAAUCAUGGAAAUUCUCAGGAAGAUGCCGCCUUGAUCAGCCUGUCCCCAAGUACAUCAAGUUCACCUCGACCUCCCCGCCCUUUAUCAGAUUUGCCAGAUGAGCUUUUGCAAGCUGGAUGGGAGAAGUGCUGGAGUAAGAGGGAGAGUCGUCCUUAUUACUUCAACCGUUUUACCAAUCAGUCCCUGUGGGAGAUGCCUGUCCUGGGCCAGCAUGAUGUCAUUUCAGAUCCUUUGGGCCUUAAUGCAGCACCAGUUCCUGCAGAAGGAGCAAUGCCAACAACGCCCAAAGAUACCAAACCACGCAAGAGAAGACUGUCUGAGGAAGUGGCAGUCACCGAUGGCACCAAGAAGUUGAAGGUAGAGUCUACACCUGUGACCCCGUCACCUGUGCCCAGUUCGCCAGUCGUCCCAGGGGUAUCUGUGGAGGAAAAGCAAUUUGCGACCCUGAUAAAGCCUUCAGAUGUUUAUUGGGACUUGGACAUCCAGAGCAAUGUAUUGAUCAAGCCACCCCCACCCUCUCACCUUUUGCCACAUCCAUCACAAGUUCUACCACCGCACCCUGAGGUGGAACUCCUGCGGUCGCAACUUAUCCUGAAACUACGGCAACAUUAUCGGGAGCUUUGCCAGCAGAGAGAAGGUAUUGACCCACCCCGGGAGUCCUUUAACCGUUGGCUAAUGGAAAGGAAAGUCCUUGAUCGAGGGCCUGACCCCCUCCUUCCCAGUGUUUGCGACCUAGCAGUAUCUCCAUCUAUGUUCAGAGAAAUUAUGAAUGAUGUCCCUAUAAGGUUGUCACGCAUAAAGCAUCGGGAAGAAGCUAAGCGUCUGCUCUUUAAAUAUGCAGAAGCUGCUAAGCGUCUUAUCGAAUCAAGGAGUGCUUCCUCAGACAUUAGAAAGGUGGUGAAAUGGAACGUGGAGGACACCUUUAGUUGGCUGCGGAGAGACCAUCUAGCAACCAAGGAGGAUUACAUGGAUCGCUUGGAGCAUCUGCGCAGCCAAUGCGGUCCUCAUAUGACAGCUGUGGCAAGGGACUCAGUAGAAGGCAUAUGUAGCAAAAUCUAUCACUUUUCUCAGGAGUUUGUAAAGAGGAUCCGUGAGAAACAUUUGGCAAUGUUACGUGAGGCCAACAUACCAGAGCCAGUGGCAUUUGCUCCUUCCCCAGAGAAGAAUGUGUUCUGUCACCCUAUACGGCUGACCAUGCCGGCAUUGCCCCUCCAGGGGGGACUGGACGUGCAGCAGGAUGGCAAUAUGGUGUGUGUGCGAUACAAAGGGGAGUCCGUAAGAGUCAACCAGAGUUACUUCAGCAAAUUGUUCCAGCUCUAUCGCCUCAGCUGCACAGAUGAUCCUGGGUCAGAAAAGUUCCUCUCUCGUGUGUGGUGUCUCUUACGGAGAUAUAAAAUGAUGUCAGGUACAGCACAGUAUGAAGGCUCCGGACUACAGGGGGCGCUCCCUGUCCAUGUAUUGCAAGCUUUGCACAGGAUUUUCGGUGUAACCUCCGAAUGCUUUGCUUCCCCCUUGAACUGUUAUUUCAAGCAGUACUGCUCUGCUUUUGCAGACACAGAUGGAUACUUUGGCUCCAGGGGGCCGUGUCUCAGCUUCUUUCCAGUCAGUGGUUCUUUUGAAGCCAACCCUCCAUUCAGUGAGGAACUAAUGGAUGCCAUGGUCACUCAUUUCGAGAAUCUCCUGGACAGUUCAGACCAGCCUCUGUCUUUCAUAGUGUUCAUCCCUGAGUGGAGGGACCCGCCUACACCUGCUCUCACCCGUAUGGAGGAAAGUCGUUUCAAGCGGCACCAGCUAGUGCUCCCUGCUUUCCAGCAUGAAUACCGCAGUGGCUCUCAGCAUGUGUGUAAGAGAGAGGAUCUGUAUUACAAGGCUGUCCACAAUACUGCAGUGCUGUUUCUUCAAAAUGAAGCUGGCUUCCAGAAAUGGUCACCCACUCCAGAGCAUGUUCAAGAUUUAUGUGCAGUAUAUAAGCAAUCUGGACGGUCGUCCAGUUCCUCUGGGGGUACCGAAAAGGAGUCCACUCGAGAGGAAGGCACCAGCAAGGACAGUAUGAGUAAUUAAAGACAGAUAUGAACGCAAAAGUUACUUUGGGCAGUACAUGACGUAAUCAGGAGGGCUGGGCAUAGUUCUCCAAUACUAUAGGACAUAAAUAUGAACUCCCCUGGUCUGUACAGUAGACUAUGAUAAUCCAUCAGUUACUGAGGGCCAGUUGUGGGCAUUACUGCCUCAGCUUGGCAGAGCUUUGUCUUCUGUCAAUCCUAUGGCUCAUAGUAGUCAUUUUACCUCUCUGUAGGACUAAGAGCAUUUUCCCAGUCUGAUUAGUAAUAGGUGAAGGAUGCUUUAUAAGGUCACAAUGACCAUGUUUACUACAUCUAUAGGAAAAUUUGGUAAUUUACUCUACCAUGUGAACAAUGGGAUCAUGCAUUAAUCUAUAUGAAGGUCAGAGGAAACUCGCCUAUGUUGGAAAUUAAGUGUGUGUGUGGUGCACUGCUCCUGUGCGUGGCGUUGUGGGUGUAGACACCUCCUCCGUACUAAGGGGAUGUCUGCAGCUAUCCUAUGUACAUAACUCUAUGUAUUUGCUAUCAGUAUAUUUGGUGUUGUGACCUUUCUGGCAGAGACUUGGGGAUCUGCAUGUUAUGUUGUAUUCUACCCUCCUCGUGUGUGUGUGUGUAUGUAUGUAUGUUUGUCUGUGCUUUUUUUUCCCUGGUAUUGUGAUUGGUGCAUGUUUAUGUGCUAAUUACUUCUUGUAAUUAAUUUAAUGUCUAACCAUUUUAUUACUUUUAUCAAACAGUAAAAGUCUAUUUUUGAUUUUUGUCUCAGAGUAUUAAGUAAAAACAAAACGUGCACCCAGAAAAAUAAAAUCCUUUCCAAAGUGCAUAUAAUGGGGCAUAUAGCUAUGUAUCAUUCAAGCUUAAUUGUGCCCCAGAAUGCACCGAUUUGCUUGCAUCACUAUAGAAAGUGAGCCUGCGGUCUGUCCCACAGCAGUAUGGUCGUACAAAACAUGGUUUUUAUAUAAAUCCAGCACACACGUAAACAUGUACUCUUCUAAUCGUCUUAGCGAUGAUCAUUCAGCUUAAAUGUCAGCAUGUAGGCAGGCUGUGGGAUCCCUGUGUGUUUGUUAUACCCACCCGCUGUUCCCUGUGAUCCGUCUGAAGCCCUGCUAUGGUUUUCAUAUGUUUGCACUUCAGUACUUGUUCUAGCUUAUAAUAGAUCACACAGCGACCUCUGAUAACGAAUUGAGAUGAACAAACUCGACACAUGAUCCAAAUAAACGGAGUAUACAUGAGUGGUGUGGCUAUAUGUACAAUGAGCUGUGGAACGUAGCCUUAUUUUUGUCAAUCUACACUAUUACUAAUCAUCAAACAUAAUACGGUUGCCAUUCUGGACAUCAUCCAAAGUUUGACAUUUGUAAAAUAUUUCCCAUGCCUACAGCUUCUCUGCUUUGUUCCUAUCUUCCUCUUACCAAAUUGACCACAGACAAGUACUACGGUAAACGUAAUACAUCCAGCACUAGCCCACCAUAACAUCCACCCAGUGCAGCAGCCUGCACAGAGUAAUCUGACAAGACACAGCUGUGUGACAUGCUGUCAGCAUUCCCUUUCUCUCCAUGCAAAAAUAAGUAUGUCAAAACAGCAUUUAAUACAAUGGUAAGUAAUAGGUUGCUGAACGAGUUUGUCAAAGACUGCUCUUCCUGAAUUAGAAGGCAUAUUGCACCUCCUACUGUGAAAUAGAAGAUUACAAGUCAGCAGUCAAUGAGAUCAUUUAAAAGCACAGAGUUCUGUGGCCUGAAGGAUCUGUAAGAGUUGGUCAUAAAGCUAUUUUACAUGUAAAUCGCUUUUCUAUUUAUACUAUGGGUGUGGUAUAAUAGAUCUACACUGUCUAGGUAGACAGUCAAUAUGUCGACAUGCAUUAGGUCUACAGGGUGAAAAGAUCGACAUGACAUAAUGGUCGACACAAGGUUUGGGGGCCAAAUUUGGUAUAUUUCAUGUUCUGUGACCGCUAUUAGUAAAAACGUAGACAAUUGCGUGCAGGCUUUGCUCUAGGGCAAAGUGGCUCACUCCAUUACCGCUUCGCACGCCACGUGUUACUAUUCCCAAUAAUAGUCCACGUGGAUAGUAAAUCAAGCAACUGUUGAGAAAACGUGUUGAAAAUUGUCAUGUCAGACUUUUGAACCUGUCAAUCUUUUGUACCUGACGACCUUAAGUACUGUCGACAUUUCAUCUGUCCACCUUUUGUACCUGUCGACCUUUCACCUGUCAGCCUUUUGGACAUGUCAACCUAAUGCAUGUCGAUCUAUUGUCUGUCUAACGAGACAGUGUAGAUCUAUCAUCUGUAUACCCUAUACCAGUGGUUCUCAAACUCAGUCCUCAGGACCCCACACAGUGCAUGUUUUGCAGGUAACCCAGCAAGUGCACAGGUGUAUUAAUUACUCACUGACACAUUUUAAAAGAUCCACAGGUGGAGCUAAUUAUUUCACUUGUGAUUCUGUGAGGAGACCUGCAAAACAUGCUCUGUGUGGGGUAAUGAGGACCGAGUUUGAGAACCUGUGCCCUAUACUAUCAUGGCCAGAUUAACAAUGGGGCAGAUGGAGCUCCAGGCCUCCACAUAAAAAUAGGUCCAUGGUGAUAACCAGCCACCAGCUGGCCACACAGUCGGACAUAAAUCAUAUUGUGUUAAACCAGUAUUUCUAUUUUCCUCACAAAGUAAUGCAAUUUUUAACAUUUACAUAUUUAAGGAGACAAUGGGGCGGAUAGUAUAGGGCAUGUACACACCCAUAUGGCACUGGUCACAGCUCCUUCUCUCACAAUAUCAUUUUCAACCCCAGUCCCAUGUGGCCCUUAAUCCAGCCGUGACCCAUAAACAGAGUCCUCACUGACAGUUAUACAUUCCCCCAUAGAACUCUUAAAUGCAAACAAUUUGGCACAAAAGGGCAUUAUUUUCUUAUAAUUCACCAAACAAGACAUGCAAAACUUAGUGCAUGCUUUGGUAGAACGCACCUAAAAGUAUGUAAAACAUUAUUUAAAAAAUAAAUACCUAUCAUUUCAUCCUUCACCGCAAGUCACGUCCUUUUACUAUUGUUUAUAGUUUUUUGAAUGAAAUGUUCCCCCUGCUGACAUGAUACAAAUAUAUUUUAGUAUGAUAAAGAAGAUGUUAUAUUGUAUAACACAUAACUAUUGUAAAUUCUAUGAUAUUAGAAAGUGCCACAUGUGUUUGCUUUGCGGGGGGGGGGUUACAGGUCGCAAAUACGAGGUGGCUUCUAGUAAUUUAAAAUAGUUCUUAUACUGCAGACAUUUCCUAACAAUGGUUUGAUAGCAUUAUCAACAAUGACUAUUAUUAUUUACACGGGUCUAUAAAAUUUUAUCAUUUGUGUAUUACAAGAAUAUGCUAAUAUUCUUAACUGCAGAACAUGAUAUAUUAUCAUCUAUAUUAUAAAUCACCUUUCUUUUUGUGUGAGCAGAGACUAUGCAUUGUUGCUCUGAUACACGAGGGUUCAAGUCCAGUUGUAAAGUAUGACGUAUGGUAAGCCGUGUAUGUCACGUUCAGUUUGCUACAACGUUAAUGUAUAGGCUAAAAGUGUCAUUGGAGAUUUACCAGACAUCUUUAAUGUAUGGAUUUAUGGGCUAUUAUAAUGUAUUAAUAAUUUGUUUAUGUUACCACUUAAUGCCACUGUUCUCUGGUUUGAAAAUGAAUUAAUCUGAACAAGCAAUAUGGCAGCUACUACUCAUUUUAAUAAAUGCAAAUAUGCCUAAAGCACUUUACCCUU